GUUAAAGAGAAUAAAAGGCAUGAGACGCGAGAUGCUGCCAGGAUAUCUGGUCGAGUUUAUGUGACGUGUUUAUUAUGGCUGAAACGUCGAUGGCUACGGAAACGUUUGUGGCCGAAGGAGCUGGGGAAUGCGAACCUUUGGAUUUUCAGGAUUUUGAGGACGAAAUACGGGAACUAAUAUGUCCCAAGGAGACCAAACAGGUUGCUUUGCUAAGAACAUUGUCUGGUGAUAUUGAGCAGAUUCAGGCAGAUGAGAUACUAGCAUUGAAAGCAAUCUUUGAAGAUGACUUGCGGAUGGUGGAUGAGAGCACAGCAAAAUAUUUCAAGAUCAAAAUUAAUCCUAUUGCAGAAGAGUGCCAUGAUGAUGAAGUGGUAGACCUGUGGUUUUGCUUGCCAUCCCAAUAUCCAGUUAUUCCACCCAUAUUUGAGAUUGAAGGCCACGGAUCCUUGAGUUCUGCCAAAGCAGACAAACUUUAUUCACUUCUCAUGAAGGAAGCUUGUUCUCGUCUUAACACGCUCAUGAUUUAUGAUCUCAUCGCAAUUGCUCAGGAGUUUGUCCAGGAAACAAUGAAAGAAGUUCGAGAGCGCAGGAAAACUGAAGAACUUUCUCGUAAAGAUGAAAAGCCAAAAAAAGAAGAAACUAAAAGCGACAAUGAAGAAACAUGGGACGAAUACAAGGAUUAUGGUGAUAUUGAUUUGCGAGAUACACAGAGAUAUAUUGGACAUAUUCAUCAUGUUCUAGAAAAAGUCCCCAGUCAUUUAAAAAUACAAUCGCUUGAGAAUAUUAUGAAGUACAAUCUUGUUAGAAGAUUCAAUUCUGCCUGGGAGAAAAUGUCUGUCAAGUAUGAGAAAGAAUCAAGGAAACACCGCGAACUGUAUGUAACAAAACCAAAAGUGGCAUUUCAUGGAACACGAAAAGGAAAUAUACCAAACAUAGUACGAAAUGGUCUAUUGGUUCCGGGAGGAAAAAGUGGUGUUGAAGUUGCACAUGGCUCAUCUCUUGGUGUUGGGAUAUAUUUAUCACCCUCUCCUGAAUACAGUUUUAAUUAUUGUGACAUGGGAGGCAAAGUAUUAGUCUGCGCUGUUCUCCAAGGUCAUGUGAGGAGUGUCGAUAGUGCGUUUUCCCGUUCUUGCAAAUGUGACUGUAUUACUUGUGGUGACGAGAUGGUUAUUUUUGACGCCAGGCAUGUAUUGCCGUGCUACGUGAUCACGCUUGUACCACGUGAUAGUCAGGUUAGCGUGGACGAGAAUGUCGCAAAGACCCUGCAGAAAACACGAGAAACAAAGGAUGAACGAUUGCAAAGAAUAACUGCUAAGGCCAAGAAAUUUUUUCCCUAUGGUUUUGGUCCAGGAGACAGAGUUCAAAUUCUUGAUGCAGCUGACUCGGAUGAUGAUGAAGAUGAAGGUGGAUCAUAUCAGAAUGAAAGAUUUGAAGAUAUUCAAACUGCAAACGAGUACCAAAAUGAGAAAGAUAUGUAUUACGGCGAUUAUUGAUGAGAUAGAUUGGUGCAAAAUUACGAAUCCCAAUAAUCCAGUCACCUACCCAUCAGUGGUUGGAUAGUAACUUUGUGGACAUGAAACAUUUAAACAAUGAUAUUUUCCCAGAGUAUUGAAGCAUUCUCG